AUGUUUUCGAGUAGAUUGUUUUUUCCCUCCCGCCCCACCAAACUGCCAUUAAAUACCUUGAGAAUUAAAAGAUCGUAUGCGGUUUCAAGAGUAAUUAAAACUGGGUCAAAUUCCAAUAACACCAACAAUAAUAGUGCCAAAAACAACGCCCCUACAUCAACUUCCACCAUAGAUAAUAACAAAACCGCUCCUUUUACCUCUGCUACAAAUGUAACUACUUCCAAAAGUACCGUUUCUGCAUUUCCAAAUGGGAAGACUUUAUACUCAGCACUAAAUAGUAAAAGUUUAAAUGAUUUUAAUAACGACUCAAUCAAUACAACCAAGGAAAUAGAUUGGACAACUUCAUUUCUUGGGUUGGGUUCUAAGCCCUUUAAUGAUAAGGUACAAGAAGCGUUAGCUGAAGCUUUAACUAUUUCAGAUAUUGAAAUUAAACCGGAUGGGUUAAUUUAUUUACCAGAAAUUAAAUACAGGAGGAUUUUAAAUAGAGCGUUUGGUGCUGGUGGAUGGGGGUUGGUGCCACGUUCAGAAACUGUUAUAACACCUAAGUUAGUUACCAGAGAAUAUGGCCUAAUUUGUCACGGCCAAUUGGUCAGUGUAGCAAGAGGCGAGCAAGAUUAUUUUAAUGUUGAAGGUAUUCCGACUGCGACAGAAGGGUGUAAAAGUAAUGCUUUAAUGAGAUGUUGCAAAGAUUUGGGCAUUGGUUCUGAAUUAUGGGAUCCUGUUUUUAUUAAAAAUUUCAAGAAGAAAAAUUGUGUAGACAAGUUUGUUGAGCAUAUUACCACUGGAAGAAAAAAGAAAAUUUGGCUAAGGAAAGAUAGAGAAGUUGAGUAUCCUUUCAAAUAA